CCCCGAGCCAUUGGAGCAAUCUCGGGGAGACCAGCGCCGCUGGAUGCAAACCAGUGUUUGGCCGGCGCCAUCUUUACUCGCAGCGCACCCCUCACAUCAGCGGUCCAAUUGUGCGCCAUCUCCCCGCGACACUGGCGCGGUCUAGCCCCUGAAGGGGCCAGUGGGCCGGGGUGACCAUGCUGGGCCUGGGUACCGCGCAUCCUCGCGAGCCGUCUGCACGUUUUCUCGUUGCAUGUCUCCGCUCGUUUGCGGUCAUCCCCUGCCCGGUCAUCGCAUCAGAGCGAAACCGCAGAUCCGCCAACACGCACGAUCGAGGAGUCAGCUCCGGUCAAGGGCCCGGAACAAUUGGUCUGUGGUUCCGUCAAGCCUUGACCACGCGCAUCACAUGCCUGCCGGCGUCCACUCCUCUCGAGGCUCGUGAUACCCGGACCUUUCCUUCUCAAACCCUCGGGGGAUCGAACCAGCGGCCCAAUCCAGGAAAGCACUCUGCAGGGCCUGUGGCACACACUCCUGUGCCGCUGCCGCGGGCCCUGGUUGGCGGUAAUCAAUGGCGUUCAGGGACGGCACCCCUGGCCCCUGACAGGUCGUGGCGUCGUUGCCUGUCUGUUUGCCCAGCCAUCAAAGGAGCAGCAAGCCCACCGACUGGGUUUUUCGUCUUCGACCCAACCGAUGAAUUCUUUUCUCGGUAGUCAACGGUGAGCGGGUACGAAGUAUUCCGUGCCGCGCAUCGCUUGCUCUUGUCGAGCGUUGGGCUCGCGCUUGUUGUUUCCUUUUCCAGCAUGCACGCGCCUUCUGGCCCUGCAGGAAACGGGCCCCCAUGGUGGCACUUCCGGGGCCCUUUGAAAGCCAAGACGGAUCCCGCCGCCGACUGGCCCCGAGAGUGCGGCUGGGUCCCUUGUCCAUUCAGCGAGGUCCAUGAA